AUGGAUCAAAUUUUGUUUCGUGCUGACAAAGAAUUAAAACAGUUAUUGCAGUGUCUUGAUCAGGAUAAAAUUAAAGAAAACACAGCAAAUAAAGGAAUACAGUGGCAAUUUAUUCCACCCUUUGCUCCUCAUUGGGGAGGUGUACACGAAAUAAUGAUCAAAAGAACUAAACGUGCAACAUACGCAAUAUUACAAAAUGCUUCAGUUACUGACGAAGAGCUUAUGACGGCAUUUGCUGGAGCUGAAGGCUUGAUCAAUUCAAGACCACUUACAUAUCAAACUAGUAAUCCAGCAGACUGUAUACCGCUUACACCAAACAAUUUUCUGCAUGGACAAAUCGGGGGAAAGUUUGCUCCUGAAAGUGUGGAUACUACAGAAUUCAGUCCUAGAAAGCGAUGGCGUAGAAUACAGGAGUUAGUUCGACACUUCUGGAAUAGAUGGUUACAUGAGUGGUUACCCAGUCUACGAACAUCAAAAAAAUGGCAUAGAAUUAAUCCAGACCUGAAAGUUAACGAUGUCGUGAUUGUUACGUCUAAUGAUUUACCGCGAGCACAGUGGCCAUUAGGGCGUAUUACGCGUGUGCAUACAAGUCGCGAUGGACAUGUGCGCGCAGCAAAUGUUUUAAUGAAUGGCAAAGAAUUUGUGCGACCAAUAACAAAAUUGUGCCCAUUAGAAAUAAAUGCUGAUGAUUAA